AAGUGUAGGCGGACGCGCAGCGCCGUCGUGAACUCGCUGGAACGCUCUCGAACACCACGCCGUCUUCAUCGCACCGACAUCGUCAUCACUCAACCUCCAUUCUCCCUCUCCUCCCCCUCCCUCUCGUCUGCCCCGUCCUCUCUGUCCGACCAUUUAACGUUCUGCUUGCCAAUCCGCUCGUCCUCAUCCGGGCGCCUCCUGCAGCCUUAAUCUUUUUGUCCCUUUUGUUUGGCUGACUGCUUCUUCUUUUUGUAUAUGUGAAAUACAUCUACCGCCAUCUGGCUCUACUCUUUUCUAUCUUUGCUCGUGCGUACGCGCUUCCGCAUCUGCGUCGCGUGCCGUCGCCCCAUUUCUCCACUUUUAAAGCCGAGCUGGUCUGCUGGUAUCAGUAUCCGGCUAUCUGGGCGAACAGCCGCAUCCUCAUCCUCGCAUAGCAGCACCCACGUACAACCGCACACCCACCACAUACGUGCCGGACUGUUCGCACUCGACAGAUCAGAUCUUACACUACCGUCGUCCUCAACCCGCCCGCCCAGCGGACGUCGCUUUGUAAAAGGGAAAGGAACACCGAGCAUCGCACCAUGGGCAAGGCGAGCUCCAAGUCGCGGCUUCUGCCCGUCGUCCCGCUUCCAAAGGGUCAGGUCCUGCUGCCCGGAGUCUCUCUGCGAAUCUCCGUUGUCAACCGCCCCGAUGUCGCCGCCUUGCUUGCACGUCUGUACAGUACCUCAUCCUCCCAGCGCUCUGCAGCCGACGACACUGUGACCGUUGCAUGCGUGCCCCUGGGCUCGCCGCUUCUCAGCCCAGACGGCAAGCGACUGAUCGAUGCUGCGGUGCCAGAGGGCAAGGACAAGCAUAUGACCCAAGAUGUCCAUCCUGCGGUUGCCCGCAAGGAGGAUCUUUUCGGCCUCGGCUGCGUCGCCAGGGUCAGUGGCGUGCAGCAAGGUCGCGGACACACCGGCUUGAGCCUAAUCGUGGAAGGUCUGGAGAGGUGCGUGGUCGAAAAGGUCGUGAAGGAGAGGCCCUACUUCGAGGCGUACGUCAUUCCGCUGCAGGAUGCGGACGUCAACCCGACCGACGUCGCCAUUCACACCCUGUUCGGCGAGCUGAAGCAGCUGAGCCGAGAAUUCCUGGCCCUCAUCCGGCUCAGCAGUCUCCUCCCGCGCCCGCCUUCGCUGCAGCUCACGCCCCUGCUCGCAAGGCGACUGGAGCUGUACAUCGCGAGGAAGGACGUGCAAGAAGCCGGCAGCCUGGCCGACUUCAUGGCCAACAUCAUCGAAUGCACCCACGACGACAGGCUCCUGAUUCUGGCCGCGCUGGGCGUGAGAGAGAGGCUCGAGCGCGUCAUUGAUGUCUUGCAGAAGCAGAUAUCCGCACUGCAGGGCAACGGUCGCACGAGCGUAACCCUUACCUCGAACAACGUACGAGACGCCCCCAAGGAAGGGCCGGAGAUGGAGAGGUGGCUAAACGCGCUGAAGAACAGCACGAUCGGCGGCCUGCGGAACCCGGCCGCCAUGAUGCCGCCUGGUAUGGGGGGCCAGGGUCCGGGAGAGGAGAACGAGCUGGAGGAACUGAAGAAACGACUGGACGACGCAAAGCUGACGCCCGAGGCAUCUAAGGUCGCUCAGAGGGAGUUGGGUCGCUUGCAGAAGAUGAACCCCGCCAUGGCGGAGUACCAGGUGUGCCGUAACUAUCUAGAGAAUUUGGCCGAGAUCCCGUGGUCCAAAGUCACGGAGGACAACCUGGAUGCCGGUGUCUUGGCACGUGCCCGGAAGCAGCUCGACGACGAUCACUACGGCCUGGAGAAGAUCAAGAAGCGACUGUUGGAGUACCUGGCCGUGCUGAAGCUCAAGCAACAGGUCAAUGCCAACCUCGAAGCCCAGAUCAGAAAGAUUGUCGAAAACAGCAGAGGCUCGGUCGAGGAAGAGCGACAGCAAGACCCCAGGGACAGCGAGAUGAGCGACAAGGAGAUUGCCAUCCGGGAGAAGAAGAGAAUGGUGGACAAGGCCCCCAUCCUGCUUCUCGUCGGCCCACCUGGUACCGGAAAGACGUCACUGGCAAAGUCCAUCGCGACCGCACUCGGUCGCAAGUUCCAUCGCAUCUCACUUGGCGGUGUCCGGGACGAGGCCGAAGUCCGCGGCCACCGACGCACGUACGUCGCCGCCAUGCCUGGCCUCAUAGUCAACGGCCUCAAGAAAGUGGGCGUUGCUAACCCCGUGUUCCUACUCGACGAGCUCGACAAACUCGGCCACGCCAACUUCCAGGGUGACCCAAGCGCGGCCAUGCUGGAGGUGCUAGACCCGGAGCAGAACCACACCUUUGUCGACCACUACGUCAACAUUCCCAUCGAUCUGUCCAAGAUCCUCUUCAUCGCGACCGCCAACUCGCUGGAAACGAUCCCUCCGCCGCUCCUCGACCGCAUGGAGACCAUCCAGCUGAGCGGUUACACCACGCUGGAGAAGCGCCACAUCGCCAUGCGACAUCUUCUACCCAAGCAGAUCAUGUCCAACGGCUUGCAACCGCAGGACGUCAAGCUCUCAGCCGAGGUUAUCGAUGAGAUUAUCACCGGCUACACACGAGAAAGCGGCGUCCGCAACCUCGAGCGUGAGAUCGGUAGCGUGUGCCGCUACAAGGCCGUCGAGUAUGCCGAAUCCGUGGAGUCGGAGAAGACGGGCAAGGGCCACGUCAAAUACAACCCCGAAGUCAAGGUCGAAGACCUGGAAGAGAUCCUUGGAGUGCGGCGCUUCGAAGAGGAGCUCGCUGAGCGGACGGGCCGUCCCGGUGUUGUGACGGGUCUCGUCGCCUACUCCACGGGCGGGCAGGGCUCGAUCCUCUUCAUCGAGGUCGCCGACAUGCCUGGCACGGGACGUGUGCAGCUGACGGGCAAGCUGGGCGACGUGCUCAAGGAGUCCGUUGAAGUCGCCUUGACAUGGGUCAAGAGCCACGCGUUCGAACUCGGUCUGACCAGCUCCGUGGAGGAAGAUAUCAUGAAGUCGCGCUCCAUCCACGUGCACUGCCCGAGCGGCGCGAUUCCAAAGGACGGGCCCUCCGCCGGGCUUGCCCACACCAUCGCGCUCAUCUCUCUGUUCAGCGCUCGCUCUGUCGACCCCACCAUCGCCAUGACCGGCGAGAUCAGCCUUCGCGGCAAGGUCACGCCCGUCGGUGGCAUCAAGGAGAAGCUGAUCGGUGCGCUCAGGGCCGGUGUCAAGACGGUCAUGAUCCCGUAUGGGAACCGCAAGGACGUUAAGGACCUCCCCGAGGAGGUAAAGACGGGUCUCAAGAUUAUCAAGGUGCAACAUAUUUGGGAAGCGUUGCGCGUCGUCUGGCCCGACGUGCAUUGGCCUGGUGAGGGCAGGUGGUCAGGCUUUGAUUCGAGAUUGUAAAUCAUUCCUCCCCUUUUUUUGGGAGUGGGAGAAGAAAGAAACGGUCCAGACGAUGAAUUUAUAUGUGGUAUGAAAUUGCCUAAGCGUUAUUAAUUUUUAUUUUUUUUUUAAGAAUUUUCUUUGUUGAUGCUGUUCCAAAGUAUAUAUAGUUGUGGUAAAUCGCACUGUACACACCUGGAAUUGGUCACCAAUCUCAAAAUGUCCCCAGCG